GGUCUUUCCUCCCAAUGGAGUUUCUUCCGCUAGGCCUCAACACUUGUACAGGUCAUGCGUGGCCUCGGUGAGACGGCGUAUGCGUUGUCGUUUCUCAGCGCUUGAACCUUGCAAGAGACAAUUUAAGCCCCCGUAAGCCUUUAAUAAUCCCAAGAUGAGGCCAACAAGGUCAGGAGUCUGCCCUCUUUGUCAUGGCUACCCUCCCUGCAGGCCACCACCGUCAGAAUUUGUUUCUGGUCUUCUUCAAAUGUUACUAGGAAGCUAUUUGCCAUCAUUUGACUAUCCGGUGUGCAGAAGAUUGUAGUGGCCUAUAUUCGCUUUUUUAUUUUAAGAAUAUUUCACAUUUUUUCUUUUUAGGAAAGUGCAACAUCGGUAGCUGUCGUCUUUUUAGGAAAUGACAGAUGAAGACAAGUACCGUAAUACCAGAAUUUAACGCUUUAGUAUGCGAUACUGAAUGCUCGGCGAAAACAAUACACUUGUUUAUUUGUAUUUGGGAAAUGGUUGCACUCGGCCCCCUCCGUCUUUAUACGUUGUUUCCAGCCUCGUCAUGUUUGGUCCGCAGGUCGGCAAAUCUAAUUACUUAUCGGACUGAUCCGCGUGUCAAUAUUCCAACUUGCGGCGGUCACCUUGUGCGGUGCUGGUGCUAAAAACGGAAACAAGGGUAGUGUGGUCUUGGAGUCGUGGUUGUAGAUCUGGAUGUCAGCCCAAAUAUAUUCCAUAAGAUUGCGCAAAGUGGAAGGAUGAACUUUGUGUUCCAGGCUGCUUAUCUUGUAGAGGAUGCUUUUGGAGAGAUUUUACAUUGUUUGAUGACAAAAAAAACAAAAAACAAAACAAAACAAUGCAGAUUUUUGCCUGUUUUUGGCAUCACUGAUGUUGAACUUUGUUGAGGACUCAGCUCAUCCAAGUAAUCCUUUGCAAAAGUCCAGUAGUCCAGCAUGUCUUGCUAAAAUGAAGAAUUAACACUCGGGGACGACUUUUUCAUCCGACGCCUAAUUUACUGUGAGUGCGCCCACACACGCCUCCGCACGACAGGAUAAUUGCUGAAGAUCAUCUUUACAUAUAACCGACAAUGGGUCCUUUGGACUUUGAUCGCAAGGGAGGGGAAAUGCUCAAAUUAGGCGUGCUAAUUAGUACGUGUGUGUGUCGCUCAAUUUAUGUAAAACAUAAAAUGAGAAUUUACACUUUGUAGAGUCCUCAAUUUAAAAUCUUGGCAGUGACAUUCACUUGGCUCGUGUGAUUGUGAGCUCGUUUAAGAUUUGUUAUUGUUGGUGCUGAACGUUUCCCAAGCAGGUCCUCCAACGAUUGCCUUUUUCAGACUUGCGAGGCUGCCAUUUUCUCGUGUCGCUGACCUGCGUGAAAAUCACACACACAAAAUGGGUUUGACGGAGUUGACCUGGAAAUGUUGAAAGCUGUAACACAGGCUUUCCAGGUGGCGCUAGCGAGUAAUAUGUUGCGCGCCAUUGCAGACUCAGAUAAAGAAAAAACGGGGUGCUGUUUGUCAGGGCUUUCCAGCAUGUUCGGUAAGAAGAAGAAACGGCUGGAGAUCUCGGCCCCGUCCAACUUCGAGCACCGGGUCCACACGGGCUUCGAUCCGCGGGAGCAGAAGUUCACGGGGCUGCCGCAGCAAUGGCAGAGCCUCCUGGCCGACACCGCCAACCGGCCUAAACCCAUGGUGGACCCCUCCUACAUCACCCCCAUCCAGCUUGCACCCAUGAAGACAAUCGUGCGGGGGAACCGGCCCCCCAAAGACGCAUCCAUCAACGGCCUGCUGGAGGAGUUUGACAACAUCUCUGUGACGCGUUCCAAUUCAUUGCGUAAGGAGAGUCCACCGGGCGCUCACCAGGCGGGCGCGGGCUCCAGGACCUCAGCGGGCGCCCAUGCCGGCGGCCCAGAGGAAAACGGCUUCGGCCACUAUUACUCGCGCUACUCUUGCGAUCUGGACACUUCCGGGAGCCGGGACUACUCUCUGGACAAGCCAGGCUUCUCUGCUGAUGGCGAAUGGGCCGUGGGCCGGCAUUACCGCUUCACCAAGCACAACGGCCACUCGCACCACAUCCGCAGCCCCUUCUACCCAGACGCCAUGCCCCAAAAGUCAGACUAUGGCAAGCUCCCGCCAGACUACCACACCUACCUGGAGAGCAAGGGGCGCUCCAUCGACGAGGUGGCGUCCACGGUGGGGAGCGGGGUGGGUUCCAGUGGCUACUACCGGGCGUCGGUGGGCGGCUCGUCCAGCCAGGACUACCGGGACACGUCGGUGGGAACCCCGUCCCGUGCCUCCCUUCACAGCGAGCAGAUCAACUACCCGGACAGCGAGUGGAGCUACGGUGGCAUGCGGGACGACUACGACAAGAGGCCCAAGAGCUCGUACGUGAUGCAGACCAGCCCCAUGCCGGCCAUCAGGCAGAGGUCUCGCUCGGGGUCCGGGCUCCAGGAACCCAAUGUCCCCUAUGUGGCGGGUGGUCCCUUCAAGAACCCUGCCCAAGCCCACCCAUACAGCUCAUACACUUACCCACGCCUGUCAGAGAGCCUCGCCGCCUCACAGACCAUCAACAAGGGUGACUACGAGCGUCCGUCGCGGGACGGCAGCCCCCACGCAACGGCCGGAGACACCUACCCCCGCGGGCCCCUCAAGCUACCUCAGAACCACGCCAAGCCCCCCGGCUACCCGCCCAUACACCUGCCCUACCCGCCCGUCUUUCACCAUUACAAGCCGUCGCCCUACCACCAUCCGCCCUCCCAGCCCAGCCCGCCAUACACCCCACAGCCAUCGUCACCCUACAUCCCCCCAGGGGCGUACCCUCCUCCCUCGUGGGGCUCCAGCUCUGACACUCAGCCCUCCAGAGUGUCACACGAGCAGUUCCGAGCUGCACUGCAGCUAGUAGUCAAUCCAGGUGACCCCCGUGAAUACCUGGACAGCUUCAUCAAGAUCGGUGAGGGCUCCACAGGCAUCGUGUGCAUCGCCAACGAGAAAAACAGUGGAAAACAGGUGGCUGUCAAGAAGAUGGACCUGAGGAAGCAGCAGAGGAGGGAGCUGCUCUUCAACGAGGUAGUUAUCAUGAGGGACUACCACCAUGAGAACGUAGUGGACAUGUACAAUAGCUACCUGGUGGGAGACGAGCUGUGGGUGGUCAUGGAGUUCCUGGAGGGAGGGGCGCUCACUGACAUCGUCACACACACCAGGAUGAACGAGGAGCAGAUUGCCACGGUGUGCUUGUCGGUGCUGCGUGCCCUGUGCUACCUUCACACGCAAGGUGUCAUCCACCGAGACAUCAAAAGUGAUUCCAUCCUGCUCACCAGCGAUGGACGGAUCAAGCUGUCCGACUUUGGCUUUUGUGCCCAAGUGUCCAAAGAGGUGCCCAAGAGGAAGUCACUGGUAGGGACACCAUAUUGGAUGGCGCCGGAAGUCAUCUCCAGACUGCCUUAUGGGACAGAGGUAGACGUGUGGUCACUGGGCAUCAUGGUGAUUGAAAUGGUAGAUGGUGAGCCCCCGUACUUUAACGAGCCCCCCUUGCAAGCCAUGAGGAGGAUACGUGACAACCUGCCCCCGCGGCUAAAAGAGUCGCAUAAGGUGAGCGUUAGCUAGCCGAGCCAAAUGUUAAUUUGUAAUGUCUGAAAUGUUUGUCAGCAUACCAGGAGCUAAAUGGACAGCUAGCCCAUUUGCUAAUUUGCCCUGCGAUUGGCUGGCAACCAGUUCAGGGUGUACUCCGCCUA